UUAUUAUGUAAUGGUACAGUAAUGUAAUUAUAAGGUCAUAGAAACCUCCUUAUCUGCUAAAGCUCAGAAACAGCAAAUGCAAUUUCCAGAGCCCUUAAAAUAACUGUGGCAUUGGAACAGGUGUGUCCAGAUCAGAGCCCCUAGAGACCACUGCCCUCUGCCCAUACCCAGCCCAUACUCUACCCAGAAGACUAUAGGGCUGUUAUGGGGGUGUGUAAUGGGGAGGGACGAGUAAGAGGACACCCAACACAUGCAGCCAUGUGAAAAGAUAACACAAAGGAAGCAAGAGAGCAGCAGAAAACUACGCUUUUGACACUCUACACCCUCAGUACAGCUUCCUCAAUUCGACUGACCUGCAGCAGUGGAGUGAAAUCCGCUGAAGGAAGAAGGGCAAUUGACCCAGACGGAAGCGAGAGUAGAGAGGGAAAGAACAGUUGAGCAUGCUGGAGGAAGGCAAAGCAGAAGAGCUGAGUAGGGCACAGGGACGCUUCAUGUGCUUUGUGAGGAAGAAGCAUGCUAGAGUUGGACUAGCAGAAACUCUCAGCACGUUCGUCAUGAUGGUGUUUGGACUAGGCUCUGUUGCUCAAGUAGUCACAGGAGGGGGGCUAUUUGGAGAUUAUUUAAGCAUUAAUCUGGGUUUUGGUCUGGGGGUUGCCAUGGGGGUGCACAUUGGUGGGAAAGUAUCAGGUGCUCAUAUGAACGCGGCUGUGUCGUUCACCAUGUGCGUGCUUGGGCGGCUGGGCUGGAAGAUGCUGCCACUCUAUGUAGCUGCUCAGCUUCUGGGCUCUUUUUUUGCUGCUGGAACAGUUUUUAUUCUUUACUAUGAUGCUAUAUACCACUACUGUGAGGGUAACUUCACAGUGUCUGGCCCCAAAGCGACAGCUGGGAUUUUUGCCACUUAUCCAGCACCAUAUAUACCAACACAUGCUGGAUUUCUGGACCAGGUGCUUGGCACUGCAAUGCUGUUGCUUUGUCUAACGGCUCUGGCAGACCAGAGGAACCAGCCUGCCCCAUCUGGUGGAGAGCCUGUGGCUGUGGGGGCUCUUGUACUUCUGAUUGGAGUUUCCAUGGGGAGCAACAGCGGCUAUGCCAUCAACCCCACACGAGACCUGGGGCCAAGAAUCUUUACAGCAUUUGCAGGCUGGGGAUCGGAGGUAUUCAGGGCAGGAAAUGCUUGGUGGUGGGUGCCUGUGGUAGCUCCAUUAGUGGGUGGAGUGACUGGAGCUUUGAUCUAUAAGGCAUUAGUGGAGCUGCUCCAUCCUGUUCAUACCGACAAAGAACUAGAGCACAGAGAGGGGUCAUCAGAGUGUGCUCCACUGGAUCAGUGCAAGAAAGGCACAGCAGAAGUGUGUGUGUGAAUCAUUCACACAUUAAACACACAGUGGAAACAGAAACCACACAAAAGGAGCAGCAAGAAAGAAGAAAGAAGAGAGACCAGUGGAAAAGAGGAUUUCUCACAGUGAGCCCAAUCCAGUCCUCAGUGAGCUGCCUUGGUUAUGGAUGAGAUUAAAGCAGCCACUGCCUCUUAUACAAACGUGGAUGACCCAGGAACCUGCCUGCUGAUCCACUCUGUUCUGCUGAACAGAAGAUUAUGUUCAAAAAAGGACUGGAUCACCAGUAGCCACGUCCAUUGAGAAUAAACAAUGGAAGGACUGCAGGAGUAUGUACAGUUUCAGUGAAUUAUAACUAUUAAGCUGAUUAGUAGUAAAAAAUAAAUAAAAUCAGUAAUAAAAAUAA